CACGCUUUGCGUUUCGUUUCGUUUAGUUCAGUCUACUUUUGAACACAGUAGAGGCACGUCAUUGCCGCGAGGCGUUUCGCCUUCGAACUUUCACCUCUCGUGAUAUCUUUAUUCUGUGAUAAAUGCUACCUACAUACAGUGAAAUUAAACGUGUGCCGCGUUCUAAGAACCGUUUUCUGUGACGGAACGCGCUUCCCGCAAAUUAAUUUCUCCGUUGGACUUGUUUCUACGAAACUGCUUAUAGAGUUUACCGAGAAAACGGACGCGAAGUGGAUUUGAGGAAAUAUCAGUAAUUAUAAGUGUUCCGUGUAUUGGUGUCAUUUUAAAACGUUUAAGUUGGAUCCCAACCAACAGCGAACACCUCAAAUGGUGGUGAAAAUACCAGAUGCAACAGAAGUGGCACUGCCCCUCGGCUGGCCCGGCGUGUGCUGCCCCAACUGCCGGCAGCAACUGCUGCUGGGGUGCAAGGGUCACUACCCUGCGUACGCCACGCCCACGUCCCCCCUCUACCCCGCGCCGUAUAACGAGGAGCUGAAGAGGCUAGCUGACACCGUGAAGGCACUGAGAUUGUCUGGAUGGUACUAUGGGAAUCUUGAUUGGCAGGGAGCGAGAAAUCUUCUUAAAGAAGCGAGUGUGGGGGCAUUCGUGGUCCGGGACUCGGGAGAUAGGAACUUCAUAUUUUCACUUUCGGUGCAGACCGAAAGAGGGCCCACCUCGGUCAGACUACACUUCGAGUGUGGUUUCUUUAGACUAGACUGCGAGAAGCCCCUCGCGCGGUACAUGCCCCGUUUCCGGUGCGUGGUGGAGCUGGUGCAGCACUACGUGCGCGCGGGGGCGGGCAAGACGGCCGCCCGCGCCGGCGCCGGCACCGUGUGGGUGGACCGCGCCGGCGCACCGCACUCGGCCGUGCUGCUGCAGACGCCGAGACGGAGCGAGCCGCCGAGCUUGCUGCACUGUGCGAGGCUGGCCAUACAUAAAGCCCUGGAUUCUGACCCUAGAUCGCCUAAACUAUGGAGCGCGCCGAAACACCGCCUCCUGCGGCUGCCGACGACGCUCCUAGACUACCUCGGCGAGUACCCCUACUCGAUCUAGCAUGUAUGCACCUAGACUAGAUAGAUUCAACCUAGGUCUAAUGUGACUUCAAAAUGUGCUGUCUCUGACCGCCAAACGCGGCUAACAGCCCGGCCACGACAUCGCGCGGCGAGACACAGCGAUCGGACCUCUCGUUCCCACCUAUGGCCGCCGCCGCGCGAUGUCGUGGCCGGGCCGUAAUACAGCCCACGAUAGCUUGUUGUGCCUAUGAUUGCUGUAUAUGUGUCCUUUUUAAACAAAAGGUACCACAUUGACGCUUGCCAAUAAGAACGCUCUAUGAGGUUAUUCAUAUAAAGAUGGAAGCAAAUUUCGUCCUCAUUGUAAGCGACAAUGUGGUACCUUUUGCUUGAAAACGACACAUAUAACUCCAGUACAGUUUUAGAUUUAAUUUACAAAUUGUACUAGAUUGGAAAAGGCUUGGAAAAACGCCCGUAAUUUUGAAAACAACCAUAAUUUAGGACCCAUUUAUGGGUGGAAAAUGUUCGUUCGUAGUCUACGGACGUCUUUGGGGAUAUUUAAUGAUUGGCAUUGUUAUGAAGUCUUUGUACGGAACAAGGUUAUGUUUUCAAAAUCAGGGUUCGAAAUUAUCCAGAUAAUUAUAGUCUGAUAAUAAUCGCGAUAAUUAUCCCAGGUAUGGAUGGUGCUAUAUUUAUUUUCUCUGAAUUCUUUGAUAGUAAAAAAUAAUAAUCGGGGCAUUUUUUGCUAUGUAUAAACUGACCUAAUGUUGAUUAGUUUUUUUUUAUUAACCAUUGAAAUAUAUGAUAAAAUCAUCAUGUAACAAUCUAAUUAUAUUUCGUAAAUUUUAGGUUAUUAUCAAAUCUAUAAUUAUCAGGCAUAAAAAUCCAGAUAAUUAUCAAGAUAACUAUCAUUAUAAUUAUCCUUUCGAACCCUUUUUAAAAUGACGGCAGUUUUUUCCGAGCCUUGUUGAAAGCUGCCACAGAUACAAUAAGAUGUGAAACUCUAGAUUCCUUGGAAGGUCGUUCAAUAACUUAAUGUGCUAAUUUUAGUAUUUUGGCCAACUUACAUACUUGUAGUAGCGCCGGACGCCCUACAAUCACAAAAUUGGGGCAUUUUCUAUGAAAAGGGACCUUAUUGUCGAUGGCGCUUACGCCGCACAGCGUCGCGCGGCAUUGUAUUUAUAUCGGAGCAUCGUUUAAUGGCGUAAGCGCCAUCGACAAUAAGGUCCCUUUUUAUAGAAAAUACCACAAUUGAAGUCACUACACCCGGGUACCUUUUUGUAAGCACUGGUUGCUAAGGCAGGGACCUUUUACCGAUUUUAACUUAUGUAUUAUAAUAUAGGACUAGGGACUCAACUAUGGUUUUUAGCGGAAAAUCUGCAUAUUAUUUAAUUAAGUACUGUUUGUAUAUAAAGGUUUGUUUGUAAGACUGAUAUUGAGAGCAUCUAUAUUUCGGCUAUGCUUGUUUACUACUUAAUUUAAUUCGCUACAGUUUCAAUUUGUUUUUUUGUGAAUUCAAUUGCUUAAACUGAAUCCAUACCAUACAAAUAUAUUAUUUGUAAAUUCUUGUUUAAACAAGUUUAAGGAUAGAUUAAGUAUAUUUUGUUGUUAUUUUAUUCCAUUAGCCAGAAACACAGCAACAAAUUUUAUUAGACAAAAUGUAAAACAUUGAACUAAAAUGUGGCCAAUAUCACGGAAUAAAUAAGACAGAUAUGACCGCUAGGUGGCGCAAGCGCGAGCAGGCGUCCGUUCAUAGCGGUGCGCGGCAACCACUAUGGCUAGACACCAAAAUUGGUGUGGACCGCAUGUACUUGUAGCAACGCGAUGAAAUCGCGGAUGCAGAUAUUGAAAAAUUUAUAAGUAUAGCCGCCAUCAAUAUUGCAGCGGUCAAGGUGCUUUAAAAUAUCUGAACAAACACUCUUGAACAAUAGAGGCGUGCUCAGAUAUUUGUGAGCGCUGAGCGUAUUAAGUAAGUACCACUUAUAUUGGUUGAUGAAUUUCACCAUGGCUUAAUUCUGGAAAAAAUUACACACAAGAACACACCGUACACUACGUACACGCCGUAUUGACUUGCAAUUUAUCACCAUCUCCAAUUCGAGACAGAACGUUCCCGAUUGGUUGACAAUGACAAUAAAUUUGCGAGAAAAUUAGUGUAUUCCUAUACGUGUGGCGGGGGAUAGAUCGGAUGAUAAUCCGAUUUAAAAAAAGUUGUACACCCAACGGCCAACGGUCAACAAGAAAUAUUUAUCAAACUCUUAAAUUUAGAUUUUUGCAAAUCGCAAAUUUGACUCAUUUGUUCCCUAAUGCCGCUCUUGUCCAUUCUAAUUAGAAAUCAUCACACUAUUUUGUUAGAAAACUAUUUAAUUUAUUUAUUAUUCGGUUAAGAAUUAGAUUUACAUGAAGGUUAAAUUGUGUUCCUAUUUCAGUUGGAAAAUUCAGUUGAAAAUUACUUCUCUUUUUCGGCGCAAACGCAAAUAAAAAUGUGACUUGAAUCAAUGCCACGAAUAACGGAGCCCUAUACCUAACAUACAGUUCAAAUCAUGACCUGCCCCGCUUCGCACGGGUUACACAAAACCUUCACAAAUUAUACACUUAAACCUUCCUCAAGUAUCACUCUAUUGAUGAGGUGAAAACCACAUGAAAAUCCGUUUAGUAGUUUUCGAGUUUAUCGCGAACGUACAGACGUGGCGGGAGACUUUGGGCGGAAACAUUACUUAUCGACUCUUCUACUCAACUGUCAGAAGAUUUAUAUUGAUAACAUGGUCAAAAUCACUCCGUUUUCGAAGUUGCUAAUACACCUUAUUAUUUUGUAAAAAAAAAGAAUAAACUUAACAACUGUAUGCUAGUAUAAUAUGGACUCUGAAACAUAAUAAUCCGUUAUAGAAUAUUCUGGAUAUUUUGAAGGCUCUCGAACGCAACCUUAAACGUCUGGCAUUUCAAUCGCCUUCGGCAGGGUCGCCAUGAGAAUGCUGGUUUGAGGCUGAAUUUGUAAAUAGUUAUUGUUUUCUAUUUAUUUCUUAGACGUAAUGUAGUUAAGUAGAAUAAUUAUACGCGCGCCAUGUGAUGGCGUUUAUGUUCAAUAAACAAGGAAAUAUUAGAUACCGCUACAUUUUUCACGUUGGAAAUUCAAAUUCAAUACAAGUAGUUCUCAAGUUUCUGAAAAUUAGGCAAGCCUGUGGAAAUCGAGUUGUAUGGGACAGGAGAACUGUGGCGGUAUUUGGUUGGUGUACCAAGAGCCAGGGGGGCUAGUGAUCACUAAUAAUAUAGAAUAUAAACAUGUACCUUGAAUAAUCUCAAUUAUUUUUAGUAUUUACCUGUUCAUUAGUUCACCUAGGUUCCACAGUCCCUUAACUAACAAAGUUAAGCAGAGCUUGAUGCAGAUGGCGCUGCAAUCGAAUGGGUACUAUCUGACAGAUGGGCUUAUGUGUUCGAAUUUAGAAAAAAAUCUUGUUUAUGGAAAAAAAUCAACCGAGUGACUUAGUCAGCCUGUCAGAUGGGCCCUAUUCUUUCAACCAUCUGUAAACAAUUGGUAGUUUUUAAACCCAUUUAAUGAGAUUAAAAACUAAAAGCUCAAAGCAGUUGGCGCCCUUGGGUGUCACAACAAGCUCAAAAUUUGCUUCAGUUUUGGUCAGGGAUAUAAGUGGAACUAUGUAACAUCCAUUCAAACUUCCUUUUCAUCG